AUGCUGUCGCAAUUCUUCAUCCUGAGCCCGCGCGGGGACGCGCUGGUGACGAAAGACUUCCGCAGGGACUUGCCUCGACGCACGCACGAGACGUUUUAUCGAACCGUGCGCGCGUGGGCGCGCUCGCGGCGGCGUGAGGACGGCGAAGAGGAUGCGGAGGAAUCGGCGAUGGGCGAACAUUCUCGGGAAUAUAGCGGCGCGCCGGCGGUUUUUCGCGAGGAUGGGGUGAAUUACGCGCACGUCAAGGCGAGUGGGCUGUACUUUGUCGCGACGACGACGCGAAACGCGAGCGGGAGCGUGAUAUUAGAACUUUUGCAUCGGUUGGCGAGAUUGGUGAAGGAUUAUUGCGGCGCGCUGACGGAGGACGCGGUGAGGAAAAACGCGACGUUGGUGUACGAGGUGAUCGAUGAGGCGAUGGAUUAUGGAUACGCACAAACGACGUCGACGGAGAUGCUUCGCGAGAGGGUAUGUAACGAACCGGUGGAAAUCGGAGGGGGGUUGGCGGGGAUGCUGGCGGCGAUUAAUUUAAUGAACGCGGCGUCGGUGGCGAGUGGGGUGAAUAGAGUUUCUAGCAGCGCGACGCAAAAGAGCGUGGUGAGCGCGUCGAGCGCGACGACUCGGGAUGAGAUUUUCGUGGACAUCAUCGAGAAAGUGAACGUGACGUUCAACGCGAAUGGAGAUGUAGUAACGUCUGAGAUCAAUGGGCACAUUCAAGUACGGAACUUUUUGCAAGGUGAGGACACAAAGGUGAAGCUGGCGCUGUCGGAAGACUUGACCAUUGGCGGGAAAGGUGCGAGCGCGGGUGGCGCGUAUACAGGCGUCAUCCUCGAUGAUUGCAACUUCCACGAGACGGCAAACUUGGAUCAGUUCGACAUCGAUCGUACGAUAAGUUUACGACCGCCACAAGGGGAGUUUUCGUUGAUGCACUAUCGAAGCGCCGACGACUUCAAGCCUCCAUUUAGAAUCGUACCGAUCAUCGACGAGAGCGUACCGUACAAAGUGGGCAUCGAGCUCAAGCUCUACGCUGACUUUAACGCAAAACACACGUGUACGGGGUGUAUCGUAACCUUGCCAAUCCCCAAAGGUGCGAUUGGCGCCACUGCUCGAUUGCCAAAGCACGUCACGGCAAGCACGCAGCACGUCAUGUACGACGCCGCCGAAAAGCAAAUCGUCUGGCAGUUCAAAAAACUACCCGGCGGUUCCGAUCACGAGUGUUCUGUACAAAUCUCGCUGCAAUCCGAGCGCAUUCCAAACGUUCGUCGAGAGAUUGGUCCGCUAUCGUUGACGUUUCAGAUUCCAACCUUUAGCGCGAGCGACCUCGCCGUGCGCUACCUCCAAGUCGUCGGCUCUUCCAACGAGCCUCGUCAUCGCGAUGACCCACCGCGAAAUCCACACAGAUGGAUUCGUUACAUGACCAAGAGUUCGUCCUACGUUGUUCGCAUUUAG